GCCAAGGAGGAGGCGUGUGGCUGGGGGCUGCUGGCAGGAAGCUGGGGACAGGACCCGACCUCGGAGCUGCGGGCAUCCCCGCUCCAGGCAGAGGCGCCAGUGAUCAGGCGGGAUGUGCCUCUGAGGGCCACGGCCAAGCGCCCCACCAUGGCCCCCAGGACCCUCUGGAGCUGCUACCUCUGUUGCCUGCUGACCACAGCCGUGGGGGCAGCUAGCUACCCCCCUCGCGGGUACAGCCUCUACACAGGGAACGGUGGGGCCCUCAGCCCUGGGGGGCCCCAGGCCCAGAGCGCCCCUCGGCCUGCCAGCCGCCACAGGAACUGGUGUGCCUUCGUGGUGACUCGGACAGUGAGCUGUGUGCUGGAGGAUGGAGUAGAGACCUUCGUCAAGCCCGACUACCAGCCCUGUGGCUGGGGCCAGCCCCAGUGUCCCCGCAGCAUCAUGUACCGCAGCUUCCUCCGUCCUCGCUACCGCGUGGCCUACAAAACAGUGACGGAUAUGGAGUGGAGGUGCUGUCAGGGAUACGGGGGUGAUGACUGUGCUGAGAAUCCUGCCCCAGUGCUGGGUCCUGCCCCGACCACACCACGCCCCCGGCCACGGCCUGGCCGCCCCAACCUCUCUGGCUCCAGUGCAGGAAGCCACCUGAGUGGACUAGGGGGGGAAGGUCCUGGGGAGUCAGAGAAGGUGCAGCAGCUGGAGGAGCAGGUACAGAGCCUGACAAAGGAGCUACAGGGCCUUCGAGGUGUCCUGCAGGGACUGAGUGGGCGCCUGGUGGAGGAUGUCCAGAAGGCUGUGGAGACGGCCUUUAAUGGGAGGCAGCAGCCAGCAGACGCAGCUGCCCGCCCUGGUGUGCACGAAACCCUCAACGAGAUCCAGCAGCAGCUGCAGCAACUGGACAAGCGUGUCUCCACCCACGACCAGGAGCUGGGCCGUCUCGACAACCAUCAUGGUGGUGGCGGCGGCAGAGCCCUGGACCCGGCCCCAGCCUCUCCCGGCCACAGCGAGGAGCUGCUGCGGCAGCUGGAGCAGCGGCUGCAGGAGUCCUGCUCCGUGUGCCUGGCCGGGCUCGACGGCUUCCGCAGGCAGCAGCAGGAGGACAGGGAGCGGCUGCGAAGGCUGGAGAAGCUCCUGGAGGAGCGGCAGCGGCAGGCCGUGGGCCGCAGGCCCCCGCAGGAGUGCUGCCCGCCAGAGCUGGGCCGGCGACUGGCAGAGCUGGAGCGGAGGCUAGAGGUCGUGGCCGGUUCGGUGACGGUGCUGAGUGGGCGGAGAGGCGCGGAGCUGGGAGGUGCAGCGGGGCAGGGGGGCCAUCCCCCAGGCUACACCAGCUUAGCCUCCCGCCUCUCCCGCCUGGAAGACCGAUUCAACUCUACCCUGGGUCCCUCGCAGGAGCAGGAGGAGGGCCGGCCUGGGCGACCUGGGGGACUGAGCCACUGGCUGCCUGCUGCCCGGGGCCGGUUAGAGAAGCUGGAGGGGCUGCUGGCCAACGUGAGCAAGGAGGCGGGUGGGCGGCUGGACCUGCUGGAAGAGCAGGUGGCAGGGGCCGUGCAGGCCUGUGGGCAGCUCUGCUCCGGGGCCCUGGGGGAGAAGGACUCCCAGGUCAGUGAGACCCUCAGUGCCUUGGAGCGCAGGGUGCUGGACGGCGAGGGGCAGCUGCGGCUGGUCAUCUCCGGCCUGCACAAGGUGGGAGCAGCCGGGGAGACACGGCAGGCCACGCUGGAAGGGCUGCAAGGGGUCGUGGGCCGGCUCCAGGGUCGUGUCGAUGCUCAGGAUGAGACAGCUGCAGAGCUCACACUCCAGCUGAAUCUCACCGCUGCGCGGCUGGGCCAGCUAGAGGGUCUGCUGCAGGCCCGUGGGGAUGAGGGCUGCGGGGCCUGCGGUGGGGUCCAGGAGGAGCUGGGCCGCCUUCGGGAUGGUGUGGAGCGCUGCUCCUGCCCCCUGCUGCCUCCGCGGGGCCCGGGGGCCGGCCCGGGUGUUGGGGGGCCGAGCCGGGGGCCUCUGGAUGGCUUCAGCGUGUUCGGGGGCAGCUCAGGCUCAGCGCUCCAGGCCCUGCAAGGAGAGCUUUCCGAAGUCAUCCUCACCGUCAGCUCCUUCAACGACUCCCUGCAUGAGCUCCAGGCCACGGUGGAGGGCCAGGGCGCUGAUCUGGCCGACCUGGGAGCCACCAAGGACCGCAUCAUCUCCGAGAUCAACAGGCUGCAGCAGGAGGCCACAGAGCAUGUUAUGGAGAGCGAGGAGCGCUUCCGAGGCCUGGAGGAGGGACAGGCGCAGGCCGGCCGGUGCCCCAGCCUGGAGGGGCGGUUGGGCCGUCUGGAGGGAGUCUGUGAGCGGUUGGACACGGUGGCCGGGGGACUGCAGGGCCUACGUGAGGGCCUUUCCAGGCAUGUGGCUGGGCUCUGGGCUGGGCUACGGGAAGCCAACAGCACCAGCCAGACACAGGCAGCCCUGCUGGAGAAGCUGCUGGGGGGGCAGGCGGGCCUGGGCAGGCGGCUCGGUGCCCUGAACAGCUCACUGCUGCUCCUGGAGGACCGGCUCCACCAGCUCGGCCUGAGGGACCUCACCGGGCCUGCAGGUGAAGCUGGGCCCCCAGGGCCUCCGGGAGUACAGGGGCCCCCAGGCCCUGCCGGGCCCCCAGGACCUCCAGGCAAGGAUGGACAGAAGGGGCCCAUUGGGCCACCAGGUCCCCAAGGUGAACAAGGAGAGGAGGGGGCACCAGCAGCCCCCGUGCCCCGGGUGGCCUUUUCAGCUGCCCUGAGCUUGCCCAGGUCUGAGCCAGGCACAGUGCCCUUCGACAGAGUCCUGCUCAAUGAUGGGGACUUCUAUGAUCCAGAAACCGGCGUGUUCACGGCGCCGCUGGCUGGACGCUACUUGCUGAGCGCCGUGCUGACCGGGCACCGGCACGAAAAGGUGGAGGCGGUCCUGUCGCGCUCCAACCUGGGCGUGGCGCGCAUAGACUCCGGCGGCUACGAGCCUGAGGGCCUGGAGAACAAGCCGGUGGCCGAGAGCCAGCCCAGCCCGGGCGCCCUGGGCGUCUUCAGCCUCAUCCUGCCGCUGCAGGCGGGGGACACGGUCUGCAUCGACCUGGUCAUGGGGCAGCUGGCGCACUCGGAGGAGCCGCUCACCAUGUUCAGCGGAGCCCUGCUCUACGGGGACCUGGACCUGGAGCUGGAACAGGCGUAGGCAGGGGGCCCGGCCCGACCGGCCUGAAGAGUCUGUGCCGCCAAAGAGCCAUGGGGGGGAGGGGGGGCGGGCACUCCAGCCCCAGGUGCAUCGCAGUCUCCAGACCCGACGCGGCAGAGGUGCCCCGAGCAGCCUCCUCCCUGCAAACGGAGCGCGUCAGGUGGGGUCUCCGGAGUCCCCUCGUCCAGACUUUGAGCCCGAUCGCUGUCCCCCCGCAGGCCCCGGACCGCGGAGGAGCGGGCCCUGGACCCUGGAAGCUCCCCCAGCGGCUUCUAGGCCGAUUCCCCGGGUUCCAGGGCCCUCCCGAGGCGCUCCGCCAACCACCGCCAUACUAAACUAUUCAGGAAUAAAGACAUUUGGUUUUUAUAAA